UUUAAAAACUUAUUUUGAAAGCGGAAAAAGGUGGUUUAUAGUUAGAAUACAUGCAGAAGUCUCCCGGCAAGCCUGGUGUCGGGGGCGAUUUCGCUUCGAUGUCGGAAAAACAGUACGAGAAUUCGCAUGCGUCGGGUAGCGGUGAGACGGAACGAAGGACCAGACCGAUUACAUUUGAUGUUUAUGUUGGCAGAAUUCCUCCCGAUUGGACCAAGGUUUGUGUGUAGUGUUGUCCAGGGAUCAAUUGUAGUAUAUGUGUAUUGGUGUUAUGUUUCUAUCUUGUUCAGAGUGCAACUGUGCAUUAUUAUAAUAAAAUAUAACACUAAUAAUAGUAAUAAUUUGAACAAGCUUUCGUUGUUAGGGAUAAAAAGUUCUACCUCAAAAUACAUGGAGAAUUUUGACGUUUUGAGCAAAGGCUCUUUGUCUGGAGUUCCGUAGUUGCAUCCCUAACAGCGAAAGCUCAAUGUGUGUUACCGUAUUGGGUUGUUCCAGAAAAGAUCCACACUCCCCCCACGGAGGAAAUUUCUGCCGUCUGGAGGGGGAGGGGAGACAAAAUUGUUUCUGAUAAUAGUAAAUGUAUUAGGACAUCCAAAGAGGGUAGGGGGGUUAACUUCCAAUUUCCUCUGUGGGGGAGGUAUGGUUGUUUUCUGGAAUGACCCAUUAAAUAUUAAUACUCUUUGUUCCUAAAGCAGGAUGUGAGCGUAAAGCCUUGGGCAGAGACGAUGAUAGUUGACGAGAACUCUUGCUUGUUGUCAUUAGUUGCAACUUUUGCUUGUUGACGAGAGCUGCAACUCUUGCUUGUUGUUGAGAGUUGCAACUCUUGCUUGUUGACGAGAGCUACUGCAACUCUCAUCAACUUUUGAACUGGUUCAAAUUUUGAUGACAGUUCAUGAGAGUUUAUACUCUUUGUUGGCCAUGCCCCAAUUUGAUAUUUGUGAUUCAAUUGUUUGUAAUGACUGUAUAUAUCUCAACGAGUCUUUACCCCCCUUUAAAAUGAAAAAUGCCAUUGAAAUCCUCACCGAACAGCGGGGUUUGUGAUGUUACUACAAGGUCAAGUCUGUUUGAAUUGGUUGAUAUUGAAUACAUUGAUAUUGAAAGAACUAGACUGAAAUAUCACCAACUUGAACCGACUUGACCUCGUAGCUCAGUUGUAAGAGCAUUGGACUAGUAUCAGCCCUUCAGGUAUCCGUUUGAAGUCCUGGCUAAUAAUAAUUUGGGUAUGGCCAAUACUGUUUUGCUCUAUUGAGGCUCCAGCUAUUAAUUGAUGAGCGAAGCGAGUAUGCAAAGAAUGGAAGGUCUAAUCUUCAAGGGCGCUGUGAGUUGAGUGGUGGGCAAAGGCUUGCAAGCUUUGUCUAUUUUGUAUAUUGUCCGAGUGCAAGACGGGUUAUAAAUGCAAGCUAGUGAGUACCGGCAAAUUACACACAGCCUCUGGCGAAUGGCUGCCAAAUGUCUUCUUAGCGCUGGCGAAAUUUGCCGUUCGCCGGCCUAAAACAAGAUGGGUGCUAGUAUCCCAAAGGUCGUGGGCCAGUGUGGAUAGUUUGUAUCGCGCGGUGGAUAUCUCCGGCACACAAUUUUGAUGCUUUCUACAUACUAUUAAGUUUUCGAAAUCUCCGGUGCGCAAUUUUCAAACUUUCGAGUCAGGGUCACAGGUUCAAUUCCCACUGUGGUCAGGCAAACUUUUCAGCUUGCCCGGUGUGGAUGCACACUCAGAGUAACAUCACAAACAUCAUAUUCACCUGAGUACAUAACACCAACACACACAAAGAAUAUGGAUCAUAUCUUUUGAAUCCCACAUCAUUAAAAACCCAUUGAGUGCAACUGCAUGCUUUCCCUUGACAAGUAAAAUUGUCUGGUGUUAGACACAAUCAAAUAAUAAAGUAGGCCUUGUUACGGUGCAAUGCAACUUAAUGGUUAGAGAGUGUUUGAAUAUAUUUUCUAGGAAAAGUUAAUGGACAUUUUCCAGCCCUUUGGCGAAAUUAAGUCAAUAGAUUUGAGAACAGGACCGGAAUAUUUUAAUGGGCAACAGAUAGCGUGAGUAUUUUUGACAAGUUUAAUGAUGUUGAACUGUAUGCUGAAAUUGCCUGUAUAUGCAGUAAAUUUCAUCUUCUUGCCUUUUCUUAAUAUUUUUUUAUAGUUUUGUGAGAUUCCCAAAAGAGGAAAUGGCCAAAUAUGCAGUUGACUCACUCCUCCGUAAUCCAGUUGAAAAUGCCAAAUUACAGGUAGAGUAUUCAUGAAUGCAAGUACCAGAUAUCCCCCGAAAAGUUACGAACAGCUCUUAUUACUUGUAAAUAAAUUCAAGCUGAGAAACACUGGAGACGACUUUGUGUGGCAGUUGUUUAAUUAACUAAACACGCCAAACUUUGGGUCAACCAAUUUUCCAAAGUUCUUUGUUAUUAUACAUUCACAUGCAAUUGACCAAUCACAAGUCUUACGAUGUAGGACAGGAGUGUAUAAUACUCCUAAAACAGUAUUAUACUACACUAGGAGGAGUUAUAUGUACUGAAAAACUAGAUAAUAUUUAUAUUUAUUUACAAGAAAUUAGUCUUCAUAAUCACUGUAUGACACAUAUAUUAGGCGGUGAUUAUAGAAUGAUGUUGCUAUAUGUUAUUAACAACAACAAUGGCAAAAGCGACAAACGACAAUAACCACAACGACAACAACUCUAAGACUACAAAACGAACAUAUAGUACAAUACAAACGAUUCAAAACGAUACUAAUUGGCUACAUUAAGUGACUUAAUUGAAGGCAUGGCAAGUGUUUUGAAACUUGGGGUUGAUUGGCAAAGAUUGUUAAAUGGGAUGUGAUUCCAGGUAACGAUUGUUCUUGGAUAAAAUGAGAACUUAUAUACAUUGACACACGGCUGAAUUUGGCACAAAUGAAAUGGCUAAUUUGUAAAGAAAAUGAGUUGGAACGUUAAGCCUGUUUCACGCUAGCACACAAUUGUCUCCUGGCUAGGGUUGGGCGAUAUUAAAAAAAUCAUCUCACGAUUAUUGUCAAGGAAAUUAUCACGAUAUUUGAUAAUAUUGCAAUAAAUGCAAUAAAAACAAUGACCACAUUUUUCAAUUUUAAUUAAUAUCAAGCUGGAUAGUAAACUUAUAUAUAAUCCACUAGAAACAAGAAAUUAAUGUAAUAAGAAGGCUUUUUGUAGUCUAAUAUUUACUGUUCAUAAACCUAAACUGUCUAUGCAGUGUCUACUGUGUCUCCGCUGGUUCACCUGCAAUUUCAUUUCAUUUUAUCGUAUUAAAUUCGUAUUUAAUUCAGGAAAUAGUUUUAAUUCUUUUAAAAACUAUAUUUUCUAGUGAAUUGAAAGAAUUUAUUUAGGAUUUUAUAAAAGCUAUAUACACAUGCAUGCGAAGCAAUAUCACGAUAGUCAUCGAGCAUGACGAUAAUUUCGAUAUAUCGUCGCUCAAGUUUCUACCUUCGAUACGAUAAUCGCGAUUGAAAGUAUCGCGAUAAAUUAAAAUAUUGAAAUAUCGCCCAACCCUACUCCUGGCAAAUGUAAUCGAAUAAAUGAUAUGCAAAAGAGUCAGAGGUGUAACUUAACACUUGCCCGGGGCAAGUGAAUAUCAUGACGGGCAAGUAAAUGUUUUAUCUUGCUUGCCCGAACGGGCAUGUUGCCUUGCCACUUUAUGUUUUCAUUGUCCAUAUAAAUUUUUUAUAGUGCAUGACAUGUACUUGAUUCAAAUUUUGUUUUUUGUGGACCAAAGCUAGAUCUGAGGCUGCAGUAUAACAGCUAUAUAGAGCAGUGGUAGAAUGGAAUGCCAUGUUGCCCCUUAAUUUAUACCCCUACCUAGGUACCCCAGUGGCCAUUGUCUGAUGGCAAGUGAAUUUUAUUCAGGGCAACUAAUUUUCAUGUCCAACUUGCUUUGAGGGCAAGCGACUCAGUCUAUACUUUUGUUUGAGAGAUCACUUAUUUACCUCUGUCAGAAACAUAUACCCGCUGACAAAAUUGCUAUAGUGUGAACCAGGCUUAGGGCGUGUUCAUAUGAACCGGGCUGGCCAGUUAAACCAGGCUAGCUUGCUUUGCCAGGCCAAGUUGUUAUUUGGAAACAAAUUUUGAAAUUAAUUUCGGAAGUUAAAAAGUCAUGUUUCAAAAGCAAAUUGAAAUCAACAGUAUUUAGGAUCUAGAAAUUAGGAUUAUUUUGAGUUUUUGACAAAUGAAUGUUUAAUUAAAUUUUUUACUUUCAGGUAAAUAUAGCCCAAAGAAGCAAAUAUAAAGAGAGUAAAGACAGGUACAAUUAUUUACUAGCAAAACUAAAAAAAGGCCAGCAAUUACCCAAAAAAUGCAAGGAGACAUUCAACGUUUCGAGUUCAACUUUAUGAAGUUGCUAACUUCUCGACAAAAAAGGGCUAAAAUCCUAAAUAUAAAUAAAAUGUGAUUUUUAUAGGCAAGGCAACUUAGAUUUCAGCCAACCACGAAACAAAACAUACUCGGAACUCAAGCGAACGAACCAAGGAGAUUUCAGACGAGGUCAGACGAGACAAUUUGGUCGUAGAGAGACAUCCGAGUACGGCGGGGGAUACGGUACUUCCACCCAUCAUGGACAGAAAAAAGAAUGGAAUACAGAGAGACAAAAGCCUCGUGAGGUUGGUGGUCAAUAUUCUGUUAACAUGUUAAUGCUCAGGACUCUCCCACAAAUAAAUCUCCUGGCGUUAAGGCCUACACCCACCAUACAAGAUUUGGCAUGGCAAGACAAUUUUUCAGUUUUUGAAAGAAAAUAAAAUUGUGUGUAAAAGGAAAUUCAAAAAGAUGUGUCGACCAAAUAACUCACAAUGUUAGAGUGCUUCUCAAUAUUUGAAAACAUAACCCAGGACCAAGGUUAUCCAUCAGAGAAAAGAUAAGUGUUGCGAGGAUAUCACGUUGCCUAAAAUAAAUAUUUGUUUGUUUUUACUUGCACUUUAAAAUGAAAAUACAACAUAAUGGGUUACCGUAACUAGAUGUCCAGAUAGUUUGGUUAACCCAUCAGGGUUUGUAGCGGUUUUUGACAUCUUUGAAAGUUGAUUGUCGAUUGAUUGAAACAAGUUUUUUGCAAAUAUCGAUGAAAAGGUGCAUUUUAAGAUGUGAUUGGAUGGGACUAUUUACUGCUGGAUAAAAAUGGUGCUUACACUUGCAAUUUUUCGACAGCUGAUUGCUAUCAAAGCUCUUUGAAAAGUGUUUGAAAAUAGACGGAUCUUUUGGUCUUGAAGACGUCAAACCCUGCCCAUUAAUGCACGCUAAACUCUACCCUUGACAAGAAAUUGUCUGGUGUUAAACUGGUACAAUUUACAUCAAGCAAUCAAAUUAAAUUUGUUACCUUCAUAUACACUGAGAAUUUUUAACUGUCAUAUUUUUAGGAUCUUGAAAGAGUUGUUUUGGCGACAGACGUUGAAUCUCCCGUGAAAUUUUGGGCUCAAGUUGCAAAGGCAACAGUCGCUCAUCAUUUGUCGACUGCAAGUGAUGAACUUCAAUUUUAUUGUCCAACCGGGUUGAAGGUCACCGAUAACUCGCAUCAGAAAAACAAGGUUUGUUUUUUAUGACAACAAAUAAUUUUGUCAUUGAACUCGUUUUUAAGUACUAUUUAAACCACGAGCAGCAAUGUUUUAUCAGUUAUAAAGAUACGAGGCGGAGCCGAGUAUCUUUAGAUCGGACAAAACACGCACUGCGAAUGUUUUAAAUUGCUUCAAAAACGAUCAAUCUAUUAGUAAGUUCAUUGGCGAAGUAAUUUUCAAAAAAUAUGUUUUUUAAGUCGAGAAAAGCAAAGCAAAGUUAAAAUUUAUGUAACUCAUGGGAAUCUCUGUCGCAUAUUAAGAUACGACACAUAUAAUUUUUUUUUGUGUUUUCCUUGUCCUAAAUUAUUAAUGAGUUUUUAAGACAUAGAUCGAAUUAUUGCUGAUCAUUGUUAACUAAUUCUUAUUACCUGAUCGUGAGGUCUAUACAGAGAAAUAUUGGACCGAGGUUUUUUUUGUGAGCCCACAAGGCGAGGUUUGUACAAAAAGACCGAGGUCCGAUAUUUCUCUGUACAUACCGAGCAAGCGAGGUUAAUAAAAAGUUUAUUACAUGCAUGGCAUUUAUAGGCAUUUAUACUUGAAACAAACAAGAAAUGCAUGAUUUGAAAUGCAUAUUAGUGGCGUGGUAACAUUUGGUCGAAGAAAACAAAAAAUACCAAUGUAUUCCUUCUUUUCCACUAAAAACCAUUCGCAGAUAUCUUCUUAACAAAUUAAAUUAUAAUUUUUAAAUUUUCAAUUAGUUUUGCUGUUUUGUUUUAAAAUGCAUGCAUUUCACGGAAAAAUAAUGGACUGCUGAAAGUGCUUUUCAGCUAAUCACAGUCCGCCAUUUCGCUGGAAGUGAUGCUUGCCAUAUAAUAAUUUACUAUUAAUUGUUAUAUAAUUAAUAAUUUACUAAUUGUUGGCAUUAUUUUGUGGCAAGUAAUGACGAUUUGUUCGUGAAUAUCAUAAACACUAAUAUUUUUUUACAAAUGUCUAUAGGUCUAUGGUGGAAUUUAUCCUAUUGAUAAUUUAUGGUACAGAUGUACUAUUAUCAAAUUUCUUCAACAGGGAAUGGU